AUGGUUGAAGAGAAUCCUGAAUUGGCAUUGAUGGGAUCAUGCGUUCUCGUGACGUUGAUGAAAGGAGAAGAUGUUUAUGUCAUGAAUGUUGGAGAUAGUCGAGCGGUUUUAGCGAGGAAGCCUAAUGUGGUGGUUGGGAGCAAGAGGCAGAAGGAGCUGGAGAGAAUCAAGGAAGUUAGAGAAAUGUUUAUGAAUGGAUCAAUAAUGCGUAAUAGUUUGGUUCCUCUACAGCUUAACAAGGAAAAUAGCACACGUAUUGAAGAGCCUAAAUGGAACGAUGCACUUUUAGAGAUGUUCAGGAUCGACUACAUUGGGACAUCACCGUACAUCACAUGCUCUCCAUCUCUAUGUCAUCAUAAGCUAACGUCACGUGACAAAUUCUUGAUCCUCUCUUCGGAUGGGUUGUAUGAAUAUUUCUCUAACCAAGAAGCCAUUUUCGAGGUUGAAUCUUUCAUCUCUGCUUUUCCUGAAGGUGAUCCAGCUCAACACUUGAUUCAGGAGGUCCUCCUACGUGUGCUGCCAACAAAUAUGAUAUGGAUUUUCAUGAACUGUUGGAAAUACCACAAGGAGAUCGUCGGAGGUAUCAUGAUGAUAUCUCUGUGA